ACCCUUUUUGAAGAUAACUCUCUCAUAAAUCUUUGGAGAUUUCUCAUAAAAUUCUUUCCAAAUCAUAAUUUCCACUGUUUGAUCUUUGAUUUCUGAUCGGAGCAGAGAAGCUACAUCGAACUUGGCUGCUGCAGAUGUAAUUGGAUUUCAGAAGAUUCGAAAGGUUAAAGGAAAAUUCACUUCUAGUAGCAGAUUCAAUUCGAUUUCGUCGAACCCUACUCAGAGUUUAUCCGACUGCCUCGAUUUCAGCAAAUAAUUCGUACGAAUCGAGUAUUAGUUUUCGUUGACGUUGUCGAUCUUUUACAGCGAAUUGGAAAACGAGUACUGGUUUUUUUGGAUCUAAACAAGAUGAUGACAAGGCAACCACAUCAAGAUCAACAAUCUAGGGUUUUUUACGAGUUGUCUGCUAUGAUUCUCAACUUACUCCGGUAUCCUCCUACGCCGAUUCAGUUCUCCGAUGAGGUGUCUACGUCGUCGCGGAGGCAGCCGCGACCGGCUCCACUAUCGCAGAUAUCUCCGGCGGGUUUCGCGUCUUUGUUAUUGGGGAUAUCGUUGGCUUUGAUGUUGUGUGGAUCGAUAACGUUCUUCAUAGGGUUUCUAUUGAUGCCUUGGGUUCUUGGUUUAGUUUUGUUGUUUUAUGUGGCUGGGAUUGUUUCAAGUAUAUCCAUGGUUGGUCGUGCCAUUUUCUACCAUACCCUAUCUCCAUCUUCACCAAGAAAAGGCGUCCCUGCUUGGAAACUGUUGUGAAGCAGGAGAAGUGUUGUACGAAGUGCCCAGAAAAAUGAUGGGAACACCAUGAAUGAUGUUUGUGAGCAGCAGCAGGUGAUAAGAGAUAUUGAGGGAAAAGUGGAAAUGAAACCUGAGCUUCUUGAAGUAUUAGUGCAGGAAGGAACUCUAGAUGAUUUAUGAAGAAGACAUACAAUAUAGGCUUUAAUUUUUAUUUUUUAUUUUAAUUUUUUGGGUUUCUGAAACAAAAUUAGUGUGUGUGUGUGUGCAUUCUUUACUUGAGGAAGCAUAUGGAAAGCUGAAUUGUAUUUGUGGUUGGUGCUUUAUGACUUUAUGUGUGUGUAAAGGUUAAAACAUGAUGGUGGUAGGUAUCAUGGACUCUUGUUUCUUACAUGUAGCCAUUAUUCUUCAUUUGCAAUUGAUUUAUUUUUUGUUAA